ACGAUCAACAUGUACUGCCGAAGUGCAACGUUGGUCCUUGUCUUCAUCUUCUGUGCAGCGCCAGCGGUAUGGAGCGGUUAUGGAAGUUCAGGACAUAGCGGUGGCGGUGGUGGUGGCGGCAACGGUGGCGGCAACGGUGGUGGCAACGGUGGUGGCGGUGGUAGUUGGUCAGGAACUGGAGGAGGAAAUAAUCUCAAGUGUUAUGAUUGCCACAGUGGUUCCGCAAGUUAUACUUACCAAGACUGUCCGGUCAAUGGAAAUUUGAACGGCAACAAAUUAGCAACUGUUAACUGUGAUGGUUUGUGUUUCUCAAGAACGAGCAAAUGGGAGAAAGGUGUUAUCUACAGGGGAUGUUCAUCAGCUUUCCCCAAUUUACCGAGUCACCUGAAACCUGGAUGUAUCGAUUUUAACGGUGAAUCAUGGUGCAUGUGUUCGAACGAUCGUUGCAACACUGAUGACAUGGGCAGCUACAUACAUGGUGGUGGUGGCGGUGGUGGAAAUGGUGGUGGUGGAAAUGGCGGAGGCUCAUGGGGCGGUGGUGGAUCAUGGGGAGGUAAAAAUGGUAAUGGUGGAGGAGGGAAAGGUGGAAAUGAUGGAGGUGGAUCGGGCCUGGGUUCUCGAGGAUUUUCCAUGAGAUCGAGUAUGGAAUCCCAUCGUCUCUUAGUUGCCAGACGUGACUGGCCAGUGACGUUACGUAUCUCCUUUCGGAACUCUGAAGGAGGACCUGUAGUUGGAGAGACGUUGCUGGAAAGAGUUCCCGGAACAUCCAAUGUAUCACUGUGGGCGUGUGUUGUUGGUGCUGUACCUGCUGAUACUGUUGUUGUUGUUGCUGCUGCUGAUGCCAUUGUUGUUGCUGGAGCUGAGACUGCUGGUGUUGGCGUCGCUGGAAGUGGUGGUGGGGCGUCGGUAAUGGUAUCGCCACUGCCGGUUAUGGUUGAAGGCGCUGUUGUUAUUGUGAUCUUCGUCAUUAGUGGGAGAGUUACCAUUGCUGCUAGAGGUGUCAUUAGCUGUGGUUCUAUUGAUGCCUCUGUUAGGGCCAUUGUCGCUGCAGCUGCUGUUGUCAUUGCUGCCAUUAUUUCUGGCAGUGGCACUGGACCUGUUGCUGCUGCUAUAGGCGUUGUCAGGUCUGCUGCUGUGGACGUUAGGGAAGCUGUUGAUAAUGCUGGUGCUGAUGGCGAUGCUGCUGUUGUUGUUACUGCUGUCUUUGCCAUUGGGGGAACUGCCAAUGCUGUCACUGGUGCUGUUAUUGCUAUUGUAGCCAAUGUUGUUAACUGCAGCAAUGGUGGCGGUAUCGCUGUUGAGAAGGAGAAAGUCAUUCUCAGACUGGGGAGCAGACCUGAAUAUUUGCAACCAAAUGGAACUCCACUAAAGACAUCCAAGAACCAAGUCGUAGCAUAA